UUGAUGUACAACGACAUGCAAUAUGACGACUUACAAGAUGAAUAUGAUGGCACAUCAUAUGCAUAUUAUAGUGGUUCUGGUGUUGUUGGCUUCCAUUUUGAAUUUGCAUCACUAAAUUUUGAACCCAUUGAGACAGUUCACAAAAUCUUCCCAGAAACUUGGAUAUGGGAAUUGUCUGAAGUGGGGGACUCUGGAUCUGUACAGCUUCCACUCACUGUUCCUGACACCAUCACCACUUGGGAGACUGAGGCUUUCUGCGUGUCCUCUAUAGGUCUGGGUCUCGCUCCUCCUGUUCAGCUCAAAGUGUUUCAGCCCUUCUUCCUGGAGCUCUCGUUGCCUUACUCAAUUACACGGGGAGAGGUUUUUGAGCUGAAGGCCACUGUCUUCAAUUAUCUUUCCAAAUGCAUUAUGGUUAAAGUGACUCCAGCCCCUUCCUCAGACUACACUCUUGAAAAAUCUUCUGAUGGCGAGUAUUCAUCCUGUCUGUGUGCAAAUGGAAGAAAGACCUUCAAAUGGACUCUGAUUCCCUCUGUGCUUGGAGUCUUGAAUGUGACAGUGAGUGCAGAGGCAGAACAAUCUCAGACUGUGUGUGAUAAUGAGAUAGUGAGUGUUCCAGAGAGAGGCCGUAUUGACACAGUUACACGAAGACUCAUUGCAAAGGCUGAAGGAACUGAGAAAACAAAGAGCCAGAGUUGGUUAUUAUGCCCACAAGGCAACAGUGUUUCAGAAGAGCUGGAACUGAUUCUUCCUGAGGACAUAAUAGCAGGAUCAGCACAAGCUUCUGUUUCAGUGCUUGGAGACAUACUUGGCCGUGCAUUAAAAAAUCUGGAUGGCCUACUAAGGAUGCCAUAUGGCUGUGGAGAACAAAACAUUGCUCUUCUCGCCCCAAAUAUCUACAUUCUUCAGUAUCUAGAGAACACUGAGCAGCUCACCACAGAUAUCCGUGAGAAGGCUAAUGGUUUCCUUAAGAGUGGAUACCAGAGGCAACUUAACUAUAAACAUAUAAAUGGGGCAUAUAGCACAUUUGGCAGGGGAUUAGGGAACACGUGUCCAGGUAAGAGCAUGAUACUAUUCACAUCUCACAUUUUUAAUCCUGUUGUAAAAAAUGGAUUAUUGUGCCUCAAGUCUACUAUUGGUAACCUGACAAACACCUACACCACUGCACUGUUGGCCUACACUUUCAGUCUGGCAGGAGAGAAUGAAACUCGGGAACGGCUACUAAAAGAGUUGGAUGACGUUGCCAUUACAGGAGAUGGUUGUCUUCACUGGUCUCAGUCAGCAUUAGAUGAUUCCAGCUCAUUGUCAGUGGAAAUCAGUUCCUACGUGCUCCUAGUUGUUCUCACUACAGGUCAACCCACUGCUGCUGAAUUGGGUUAUGCUAAUAGGAUAGUCAGCUGGCUUGUGAAGCAACAAAAUCCCUAUGGAGGCUUUUCAUCCACCCAGGACACAGUCGUGGCUCUCCAAGCUCUGGCUCUGUACUCCACUAAAGUGUUCAGCUCAGAAGGCUCUAGCACAGUAACUGUAAAGUCUGCAGCUGGACACAGUCACAACUUUGAUGUGAAUCAGAACAACAAGUUAAUGUACCAAGAAAGAUCAUUGCAGGAUGUUCAUUGUAAAUACAGCAUUGAUGUGAAGGGCUCCACCUGUGUAUCAGUGCAGACAUCACUUUUCUACAAUGUCCCCACACCUACUGAAAUCGAAAGUACACUGAGCAUUACAGCAAAGACUGAGGGAAACUGCACAAAAUCAUUUGGACACACUUUGUCCCUGAAGUUCAUUGUUGAAUAUAAUGGAGCACUAAACAGCACUAACAUGAUCAUAGUGGACAUAAAACUGUUAUCAGGGUUCUCAGCAGAUCCUGCUGAAAUGAAAAAAGAACUUUUGGUUGAACGGGUUGAUUCUAAAGAUGACCAUAUUAUCAUGUAUAUCAAAGAGCUACAAAAUAAUAUUCCUAUAAACUAUGAGCUACACACUAAGCAGGUGCUUCCUGUCAAGAAUCUCAAGCCAGCGGUUAUCAAAGUUUACGAUUAUUACCAAACAAGUGACAAGUCUGAGAUAGAGUACACUUCUCCCUGUGUGUAGGGUUUUAUAUUGGGACAGAAGAUGCAGAAAAAUCCUUUGCCUAUCUGCUGUAUGAUGGUCUUUCUUUCUCAUUAAGAAUUUUUGUUAUUGAAAUAAAGAAUACCCUUUAAACUCUU